AUGGAAUGGACUUUCGUGCGCCGGCUAGCGAGGGCGAGGGCGUAUGGAGUCCAGUGCGGAAGGGACACGUUUCCAUCAACUAAGCCCAUCUACCGUUGGGGAGCGUCACUUCAUGCUUGCAAAUUCCUUCUGUCCGAAACUGGAGUACAGUUUCCUCACCCCACCCACACGACAAACGUAGUACGUUUGCCGUUCCGCUUUUCCCCGCACCCGAUGGAGAUUUAG